UUUAUAGCCAGUAGGAAUCAACUUGGUCAGCAUUCACUCGAGUCCAAAUGACCAGAUGUUGUGGGCAAUUGAUAGCAAGUGGAAUGUCCAUGUCCGAGUGGGAAUCACGGAUGAGAUGCCUGUGGGCACUGACUGGGAACAUGUACCAGGUUUGCAGGCUUGCCAGCUGGCUCUGAGUACCAGGACAGUUUGGGCACGCUGUCCCAACGGAGAUGUAGCUCGUCGCUACGGCAUCACUGACAAGAAUCCUGCAGGAGACUACUGGAAGAAGAUUCCUGGAAAUGUCUCCCGUUUAACAGUGACCCCUCUAGAUGAACUGUGGGCGAUCAGCACUUCAGGAUCUCUGCUCCAGCGCCUCACGAAGACCUUUAGCCAUUCCCAUGGUUUGCAGAAAAAUAAUGACACUUCUGUUCUGCUUCACCCUGAUGAUUUUGAAGACGAAUGGGAAGUGAUAUGAAGUCUCUCAAGCUUGUGAAGUAGUGAAAAAGAACAGGAGGACAGAAUUUCUGCAAUGUAUGUACAGAAUAUUGGAUCUAAAAGCCACUCAUGUUGGACCUGUGAUAUUAGCACUUUUGUAUUGAAAAACUGACCUGUUAAAUAGCCCCCAAGCUGUGAGUUCUGAUGUUUGUUACCUUAUCUUUUGGGAGACUCCUUAGGUGUGGCAUACUGCAAUUGUUAUACCUUACUACUGUAGAAGCUCCUUUGGAAAUAUAACUCUUAAGUUAAAUUUACUAGAAUUGAAAGUGACUACUUGACAACAGCAUGCACACUAAUGUACUGACUUUGAGAAGGAAUUCUGUUGCAUUAAAUAUUUCUCUACAGCAGAAACAUUAA